AAAAAAGAUUUCGAGAGAUUGGAAAAAAGGCUGUCAUCAAUCUUUUUUCUCCAGCAGAGCACAGGCAUUGCCCUUCUGUCUCAGCAACUACUUAUGGGAAAUGAAAAUGAAUUUCUAUUGUAUUUUUGUCUUGUCUGUGAAAUUUCUUGAGAUGGGUUUUUGAGUUUCUUCGAUCUUGAUUCAUAUCAAAGAACCCAUUUUUUUUUUUCUUUAAAAAAAAGUUGAACUUGAAAUCGGACAGUGACAGAAGGGUUCUUGAAAAAAUGAGCGCAACAAAAUUCAUUAAGUGUGUGACUGUGGGUGAUGGGGCUGUUGGGAAAACUUGCAUGUUGAUUUCUUACACCAGCAACACAUUUCCAACGGAUUAUGUUCCAACAGUUUUCGACAAUUUCAGUGCAAAUGUAGUUGUUGAUGGCAGCACAGUCAAUUUGGGUUUGUGGGAUACUGCAGGUCAAGAGGAUUACAAUAGACUAAGGCCCUUAAGCUAUCGUGGAGCUGAUGUGUUCCUUCUUGCUUUCUCACUCAUUAGCAAGGCCAGCUAUGAAAACAUUGCGAAAAAGUGGAUUCCAGAACUGAGGCAUUAUGCCCCAGAUGUUCCUAUAAUUCUUGUUGGGACAAAGCUCGAUCUUAGAGACGAUAAGCAGUUCUUUCUCAAUCAUCCGGGAGCAGUUCCAAUCACCACAGCCCAGGCAAGUAAAAAAUAUUCCAAACAUCCAUCAUUUUCUCGCAAUACCCAUUUAGUUUUUUCUUUAAUCCCUCGAUUUCAUAUAAACGACCCGUUGGAAUUUUCUCUUAUCCAGGGAGAGGAACUCAGGAAAAUGAUUGGUGCCCCUGUGUACAUUGAGUGCAGUUCAAAAACUCAACAGAAUGUGAAGACAGUUUUUGAUGCUGCUAUUAAGAUAGUAUUGCAACCUCCAAAUCAAAAGAAGAGGAAGAAGAAGAAAGGGAACAAAGGCUGUUCCAUCUUGUAAAAUAGUGUGAAAAGAGAAGUUAUUCAGAAUUGUGAAUCUCAAGAGAUCAUUUAACAUUACUUUCAAAAUGUGUCUGAACUCAAUCGAAUGCUAAUCUGAUGUAAAAUAUUGAAUCAGAGGGUUACUGAUAAGUUUCACCGUAAGACUAAUGUGUGUGGAAUAUGAGACGUUUGAUCGAUGCUCGUUUAGUGCAGCUCGACUCAUAAGCAGAUUUCAUUGCCUGAGGCUGUUGUAUCUUUUCUUUUUUUCUUUUUUUUUUCUAAUUCCAAUGUGUUCUUCUCAUUUUCUAGUCAUUGUCUUUGU